AUGGUGAAAACAUCAGGGAAUACCCAGAAUUUGUGGAAACACUUGGACAGGCAUCAUCCACUUAUCAGUGUUACUCUGCAAAAACUUCCACCUAAAACUACACCUAAAAAUGCAGCAGCCGAUGUGGAGGAGAAUUCAGCUUUAGGCGACGAGAAGACUGAUAUCGUUGAGCUGCCUAACAGCAAACCUUCGCAAGUGGCGCGCGCGAUUACCAUCAGUGAAUCGUUUACUAGAGUAUCUUCAUUUGGAGGUAAAUCCCGUUUCAAUUGCUUCUAUUUUUCUCUAGUCAAUUUUAAAAUAAUCAUUCAAGCAAACGGUUCUUCAACUAUACAACUGCACGAAGCGUUGAUGUAUAUGGUGGCCAAGGAUAACCUCCCACUGCGGACGGUCGAACGAAGUGGAUUUCUACGGUUCUGUAAAUCAGCAGUUCCAUUGUAUAAGUUACCAAGCCGUCGAACUCUAACUAGAAUGCUCAACAACAAAUUCGAAGUUCAAAAAGAUGCUGUAAGGGAACAUCUAAGCGCAGUAGACAACUACAGUUUAACUGCCGAUGUCUGGACGGACUCAUGCAAUAAUGUUAGCUUUCUUGGCAUGACAGUGCAUUAUUUGAACGGGAACGUCAUGCAGUCAAUUGCACUUGUUGCUCGGCCACUAGAAGGAUCACACACAAAAGAGCAUCUUGCUGCAGAAAUCCAUUCGUUGUGUACAGAAUGGUGGAUUGAUGUUUUGAAGAUAAGCGUGUUUGUAACUGAUGGAGGUGCAAAUAUUGUUGCAGCAGCAAAAGCCGUUGUUGGUGAAAAACGACAUUUUGUCUGUGUCGAUCACACUCUCAGUCGAAUGACUACAGUGGCAAUUGAGAAUUCUCCACUUUUCGACGAGCUGCUCAUAAGGAUUCGCGGCAUAGUGACGUACUUCAAACGCUCAGUGAAUGCAGCAGAUGCGCUCCGAUCAAUCCAGAGGAAAAUGGCAAAUCCGAAGGCGAGAUACUGA